AUGCCCUCUUGCGUUGCUGGUGCCGCCCCCUGCUCGUGCCGUGCUGCCGCCACCGCUGAGUCGACGCGCGCAUCCGCGAGCACUCCACCGCAUUGCACCUCUGCGCCGCCCAGCCGCGCCGCGCUGGCCGUGUUGCCAUCCUGCGCCAUCGCGCCGUGCUUUGCCCCACCACCGCCGAGCGUGCUCGUGUCGUCGCCCGUGCGCCGCCCAAGUCCUCACGGUGAGAACCCCCUCCCCUUUCUUCCCUCCUCCAUCUCCUCGGUGCCGUCUGUUCUUGCACCGUCCCAGCUGCGCGCUGCGCCGCUUGCGCGCGCCGUGCCGCCGCCAUGCAGGCAGCCACGUCGCGCUGCUGCUCCCCAUGCCGCAUGUGUUGCGCCGCUGGCCCUUCGCGCCCAGCCGCUCGCCACCGCCCGACAGCGCGUCGCGCCACGCCGCUCGCCUCUCCACCGUGCUGCUCAGCCAUGA